AUGGACGGCCUCUCAGUGGCAGCCAGUAUUAUUGGAAUUAUUCAGCUGGCUGGAGCUAUUUCCAAGCUAUGUGGAGGUUAUAUCCAAGAUGUGAAGGAUGCUAGGUCCGACAUCAUUGCUCUCCAACAGACGAUCCAGGGUCUCGUCAGUGUUCUCGAGAAGCUUGCGGACGCGCUUGAUAAUCCGAAUUCAAGGUUGUCUAUAACAUCAGCGUUGAAAGAUGAGAUCCGCACUUGUCUUUCGACACUAGAAGCCCUUGAAGGAAAAAUUAAUAUGGGAAAGGGCAAAAAGGCGAUGAGGAAGCUGGGGUUUCGAGCCUUGAAAUGGCCGUUGAAGCGCUCAGAAGUCGAAAAAGUGAUGGGUCAUAUUGAGAGAUAUAAGUCGUCAUUUUCUUUGUCGCUGCAGGCCGAUCAGAUGGUAAUCAUUACUGAUAUGGCUGGAACGACUAGCUUGAUUGAUAAAAACAUGGAUCUAAAAAAGCUGCCCGUCGCCCAUGGGGCUGAAUUUGAUUCUUAUAUGGAUCAACACGAAGACGAGUGUCUUGAAGGGACCAGAACAGAUCUCCGACAACAAAUCGCAACAUGGGCAGCAUCGCCACAAGGCAAUUGCAUCUUCUGGUUGAGCGGAAUGGCUGGAACUGGAAAAUCGACCAUAUCCCGUACAGUAGCCCGGUCUUUCAAACAAAAUAAGCAGCUGGGCGCAAGCUUCUUCUUCAAAAGAGGUGAAGGGGACCGAGGAAAUGCGACGAUGUUAUUUACGACAUUGACGCAACAAAUCAUGAACAUGCUUCCGGAAUUGACUCCCGCGAUUCGAAAAGCAGUCCAGGAAGACCCUGUUAUUGCGACGAGAGGGCUCAAGCAACAAUUCAACAAGCUUCUGCUUGAACCAUUACUAGGACUCGAGAGCUCGAGUGAAGACCGGAUAUUGGUGAUCGUGAUUGAUGCUCUAGACGAGUGUGAAUCAGAGAAUGAUAUACGGACAAUUCUUCAAUUGAUACCACAGCUUCGAGAGCCGAAAACGGUGCAGAUUCGAGUCUUCUUGACCAGUAGACCGGAGCUGCCAAUUCGUGUUGGGUUUUCCAAUAUAGGUAAUGAGGACUACAAGAACCUCAUCCUCCAUGAGUUACCGGAAGAUGUCAUCGCACACGAUAUAUUGUUGUUUCUGAAGCAUCGACUAGCCCAAAUUCGAAAGGAGCGCUUAUUAUCUGAUGACUGGCCUGGAGACAUCAAAACACAACAGCUUUGGAAAAUAUCUGUUCCGCUCUUCAUUUUUGCUGCUACUAUGUGUCGUAUACUUGAUGAUCUCCAAUGGGACCCUAUAGACAGCCUCGAAGAGAUCCUUGCUAGCCAAGGGGAGACCGCUAGUCUCGAUGGAACAUACCUCCCUGUGUUCAGUCGACUUCUUCUCAACCAAAAUGACAAACAAAAGAAGCAGCUUAUACAAGAGUUUAAGGACGUGGUCGGUACAAUCAUCAUCCUUGAAAGUCCUCUGUCUGUUAUCUCGAUUUCUGCGCUUCUUGGUAUUUCCGAACGUGUCGUCAAACUGAGGUUGAGCGCGUUGAACUCGGUGCUGAGCAUCCCGCAAAAUGAAAACAUGCCGGUGAGACUUUUCCACCUAUCAUUCAGAGAUUUUCUCCUUGAUCCACAGACGUGUGAGAAGACUCCAUUCGCGAUAGAUGGCAAGGCGUCACACUCUAAAUUGGCGAUAAGGUGCCUUUUGGCCUGUUCAAGUUUACGAAAGAACAUCUGUGGACUUGAACAUGAUGGGACCCAAAGAUCUGAGAUUGACACUUCACUUAUCAGCCGUUGCCUUCCUCCUGAGGUUCAGUACUCGUGUCGUUUCUGGGCCUACCAUUCCACGCAUGGUGACGACCCGGAGUCAUUGCGGGACAUUUUUGCCUUCUUGAAGACACAUUUCCUCCACUGGAUGGAGGCAAUGGGGAUCUUGGGUCUUGCACAUGAAGUGGUAGGAAUCAUUGACCUCCUAAACUCUUGGGUGGAUAGCCACAUUUCCCGUGAGCUUUCUGAGUAUUUACAGGAUGCCAGACGAUUUGCGUCCAGGAAUGCCGUCAUAGCAAAUGAAGCCCCUCUCCAGCUUUAUUGCUCGGGUCUUCUCUUUGCUCCGAGAGACUCGAUUAUACGAAAGGCCUUCGCUAAGUAUCUUCCUACGUGGAUUUCCGAUGUCUCAGGCGUUGAAGCGAAUUGGAGCGCAGACGUUCAGUCUUUUGAUGACUUCUCAGGGCGGGUUUUCCCAAUAUCCUUCUCUCCGGAUAGCCGGACCUUAGCAUAUGGUGCCCAUGAUGGCAGUAUCAAGCUUCGGGACGCCAUGACGGGAGUCUUGAAGCAGUCUUUGGAACGGCAUCCACAGGAUAUAGAGGACGUUUCUUUGGUUUCUUUUUCACCAAACGGCCAACUCCUCGCGUCCGUCGCUUUUGAUCGCACUAUUAAGCUUUGGGAUCCCGCCGCAGGUACAUUGCAGCGGACGCUUAGCCAUCCACGGUGCUCCCCUUGCCGUCCGAUUUUCUCUCCUGACGGCCGCUUCUUGGUUUCUCCUGCCUGUGAGCCUGGUCACCCUGCAAUCUUCCUCUGGGACUUGAUCGGAGAUCGCUUUGUGCAGGAAACAGCCGACAACUUAGGAGAUGUUGAUUGUGUAGCAUUCUCCCCUAAUAGUCAGCUUUUAGCGUUUGCAUCAGUGAAUGGCUCACUGAAGUUGUGGGACAUUGCUUCCGGAAGUAUUCAGAAGACUCUGGAAGGCCACACAAAGAGAAUAACACAUCUCUCGUUCUCUCACACUGGCCAGUUUCUUGGGAUACAGUGCAAGGAUUUCACAUUCAGGAUCUGGAAUAUCGCGACCGAUGCAGAGAAGAUUCUUCCGCAUCGGAUAAUUGGCGGAAUCUUCUCACCCACUGAGAACGUUCUCGUGACUGUGUUACCUGGACUUUCAUUAGCAUUCUGGGAUCCUGACACAGGUCUUCUCACGAAGGACUUCGAAGGCAGAUAUCGCAAUUAUGAUCAAGCAUUCUCUCCUGAUGGCAAAUUCUUGGCCCUUGCAAGGGACCAAUCACAAGUCAUGAUGUUGGACAUGUCCACGGGUAUUGCGCAUGCUCCUUUUGGUGCACACGCUGGCAGUGUUGUAUCUAUGGUUUUCUCCCCGAACGGUCAAUUCCUUGCGUCUGCCUCGGCUGACAAAAUAGUUAAGAUUUGGCAUGUUGGUGCAGGUGUACCAAAACCGGAACAGUAUUCUGACGGUCAUUCAAGCAGGGUUUCUUCAUUAACAUUCUCUGCUGAUGGUGAGAUCUUGGUCAGUUGCUCGGAUGAUGGAACAGCUGCACUAUGGAACCCGAAGAUAGGCAGUAUAUCCCAAAAGCAACCAUUGGCGCUUAGUGUACGUCGACCAUGUGCUGCGUUGGCGCCCAGUGGCAAAGUUCUCGCCUCUAUUUCAAUCGACAAGAUCAAACUAUGGAGAAUUUCGAAGUCUGCAAUUGAGCCCAUUCCCAUCUUUCAGGGCCCGAAUUCUACAGACAAGCCGUGUAAGGUUCGCGAGUUGACCUUCUCUCCCUGUAGCCGCUUUUUAGCCUCCCAUUCGGGGGACACUAUUCAGCUUUGGGACGUAGACACGGAGACAGGCUCUCUGCGCCUGAGACAUACUCUGGAUGGACAUCCAGAUCACCUUUGGGGGCCUCUAUCAUUUUCGCCAAACAGCCAGCUUCUAGCUACUUCUUCAAGGGAUCACACCCUCACUCUUUGGAACACCACAACUGGCUCUUUGGAGAAAACAUUUCAAUGCCGUCCAAUGGAAGCUUUCGAUAUGGCGUUCUCUCCAAAUGGCCGUUUCAUCGCCGCUUGCUUGAUCGGUGAGGAUAGACGGGACCUCUCACUCCUGGAUAUUGCCACGGAAGACCAAAAACAGGUUUGGAGGUCUGUGGGAUAUACCCGCAGAGUAAGGUUCUCUGGAGAUGGCUCAUAUUUAAAGACUAGUUUUGGGUAUGUGGACAUUCAUCCUGAGUAUUGGGACACUUCCAUUUCCCCUGAGAAUGCUGUGGAGAUUUCCAUAUUAAAGUCAAGCUGGGUGACCUUCAACCGCCUAAAGGUAUUAUGGCUGCCUCUGGAGUACCGACCCAGCUGCUUCACGAUCCAUGGCAAUGUCCUUGUGCUUGGGUAUGGAUCAGGAAGGGUUUUGUUUAUAAAAUUCUGUCCUUAG